AUGACUCCAGCACAGAGACUCACACAUGCAUUCCUCGUCAUAGAACUCUGCGCCAUCCCGUUUUCCCUUGCCUCGGGGUCCUCGCGCGUUCCUGAAACGAACUUGCGUCUGAGAGGUGGAAGUGGGACCAUGCAAUACACCUCUACCCAGCCCAAGCAAACACAAGUAGACUCCUUGUUAGAAGGCGAACGGAAGCCGGACCUCAAGAAGACGUCCUCCAGACUUAUUCUGGAGGAAAUGCAAGUGACGGAAGAAGAGUACAUGGCCCGAGUCUCCUCCGUCGCAAACCGUGUAAUUGACCCGUGGAUUUCUCAAAGUGACAGGGGAGGCUUCAAGGAAGGAGACGUUCUCGUGCCGGAUCACUGCUCCUCCAUCCCCGAGGCAGUGGCGAGAGUAAGGCAUGAUGGCACAGUAUACAUAAGAAAAGGUUUGGCCAAAUCACUACCAGGGAUGCAGCUGCUCGCUAACCUUUCAGAAGGAACGUACAAAUGGGAUGGUGUAUUGGUUGUACAGAAGCACAUGCACUUAAGGGGGGAACCAAAUCCAGAUGAAGGAGACGGGCAAGGGAGACCGACUCUCGAAGGUAUUGCACGAUUUGAUCAGAAUAAGAAGGGUCCUGUCGAGGGAUAG